UGUACCGCAGUUUGCUCUGCUGACCCGACUGGCUGGGACCUGCCCUUAGUGGGCACAUGGUGCGACCCCCGUCCUUCUGUUCCCGGCUGUGUAGUACUCCCAAGCCACCAGGCGCACCCAUGACCAGUCCGAGCUGGGAAUAACCCCUUGGGUGGUUCCGGACUCCUCAGUUGCCCACCCUCCUGGAGGCUCUGGUAACAACCGCCGAGGGGAGCGGUGUUGGGAGUUUGGGAGUUACACUACUACGUGCGGCUCUUGCCCUCCUGAAGACUGGAGUUGGCUUUCCAGUAGGGAAAGCGGGGGCGGGGGUUGGGGGGGAGGUGUGGAGCUGCGGGGGGCGGGGCCCUCGGCGUCCGCGCCGGCGCCAAUGGGCGGGCGGCCCCCCAAGUCCAAGGCGGCGGCGGCGGCGGCGUCCAGAAGCCGGAGCCGCAGUCGAGCCCGAUCCGGAGCCGAGUGGGUGGCGGCGCCAUGGCGUGCGCGGGGCUGCUCACCGUGUGCCUGAUCCGGCCGCCUGCGCCCGAGCCCCGGCGGCCCCCUGCGCCCACCGCCGCCGCCGGGCCCACCGGACACGCGCUCUUCCAGGAUGUUUUCCGCAGAGCAGAUAAGAAUGAUGAUGGUAAGCUCUCAUUUGAGGAAUUCCAGAAUUACUUUGCUGAUGGGGUUCUCAGCCCUGGGGAGCUGCGGGAGCUGUUCAACGGCAUCGACGGGCACUCCACCAACAAUUUGGAAACAGAGAGACUGUGUGAUUAUUUCUCAGAACACCUGGGGGUCUACCGGCCUGUGCUGGCUGCCCUGGAGUCGCUGAACUGUGCGGUCCUCACUGCCAUGGACAGCACCAAGCUGGAGUAUGAGCGGGCCUCCAAGAUGGACCAGUUCGUGACCCGCUUCCUCCUGCGGGAGACGGUGAGCCAGCUGCAAGCCCUGCAGAGCUCGCUAGAAGGGGCGUCAGACACCCUGGAGGCCCAGGCCCGGGGCCCACGGUCAGACGAACACAGCGUGGAGGUGCAGAGCAGGUCCCAUGGCAGCCGGCGGGCAGGACGCAGGGCCCUGCGGAGUGUUGGGCGGUCACCCACCUGGUCUCCCAGCUCCUCCUCCUCGGACACAGGGCAGAGCUCAGAAGCCGAGAUGCAGUGGCGGCUCCAAGUCAACCGUCUCCAGGAGCUCAUAGACCAGCUCGAGUGUAAGGCCCCCAGGCUAGAACCUCUGCAUGAAGAAGAGCCUACCCAGGGGCCUGAAUCGCACAUCCUCGUGGCCCAGAGGCAGGUGCAGGUGGCAGAGGAAGCCCUGCAGGAUUUCCACCGUGCCCUGUGCUGCUAUGUGGACUUCACAGGGGCCCAGAGCCAUUGCCUGCAGCACCAGCAUUCUGCCUGUAGUAAGGCCUUCCAGCGCAUCCUCAUUGACCACCUUCGGGCUCCGGACACUCUCACCACUGUGUUCUUCCCAGCCUCCUGGUGGAUUAUGAAUAAUAACUGAGACUGACCUGCAUAAGCCAAGGCCCUGGGGCCCCACCUGCCUCAUCCUGGAACUUCUGGACUGGUCAACUCAGCACCGAGACCAAGGACGCGGCCACUCUUAGAGCUGGGGAUGGGCCCUCAGAGGCGUACCCCCAGACCCAGCUGGUGGAGAGUCUCUCAGCCCAGGGAUCAGGGACUAGGCUGCUUGCUUUCUGUUUAUUUAAUCAGUGUAUUUUAUUGUUUGUAGCUUUGGCCUCUGAGGCACUCUGGCCUCUGCCUGGCUCAGGAGGCUUGGAUUCUGGUUCCCUCUGUCCCAGCCUUGUGUGACACAGAGCAGGUCGCUUCCCUCUCAGGGUGGGCCUUGGGCUGUCUGGCUGCCUAGUGGGUCCCCUGCUUUCUUCCUGCUGUCUUGGGGCCAGGCUUCUGCUCUUCCUCAACCAGCAGCAGAACCAGGGCUGAUGCUCAGGGACACCACCCCCCCCACCAAACCUCGAGCCCUGAGGCUGGGCUGGAUCCGUCUGCAUUGUGGGGUAAGGACCUGGGUGUCCCCAUCACCCUCCCGGGCUGGCAGGCUCCCAACUCUUCCAGCAUCCUCUGCUGAACCAGAGCCCUCUGCAGGAUCCUGGGUUGGUUUGCAUGUCAUCUGCAUAUCAUUUGCAUGCUCAUGCCCACCCAUACUCAGGGCACUAUGGGAAGUCCCAAGGUGACCUUGCCAAGUAGCAAUAAUUUGGGCCCAGUGUCACCUGUUCCCCCACCACCCCAAGAUACCUCUGAAUUCCAGUCCAGGACCCCAGCCCAGAGGCAAUAAAGGAAGUGGUCACCUCUGG